AUGCAUUGGCUUGUCCUGGUAGCAAUUGCCUUACUCCUAUUAGAUGGAGAGGCAAAGGAUAACAAAAUUUUGGAAGAUAUUCCAAGAUUGCCACAAGACAUUUAUUUGCCUCCAAACGAUCCUAAAGAUUGUACUGGAGAAUUCUACAAGCCGGAAUAUCAACUUCCGUUGCCCCAAACAUACAAGAGUGUAUAUGAUCCAGUAAACGUCAUUCUUCGUGAAAGACACAAUAAAAAUUAAAGAUUUCAAAAAAGU